AUGAACGAGCAUCCUGCCCGGGACCCAAGUCAGAAGGGCGACUCCUCUCUAGGUCCCGAGAACACGCCAGAAGCCGUCUCCGGUGGCUGCUAUCCAGUCCCAGCCAAAUCUAGUUCUUCGCUUUCUGCCAAAUUCCGCCGUCAGAAGGCCAAGGUGGUUACCGCUCUCAAGUCACUAACAAACAGCUCCUCCGAACAACUCGUCGUCGUGGAGCAGCCCGACCCACCGGCCGAUGAACACGAACCAAAGUCCACCUUGAUAUCGGGCAUCCACAGAAUGUCCAACGCCAUAUUCCGCCCUCCCCUGGAGCCGACCGUCGUCCGCAGGACAUCGCCGAAGAGCCGACCGCUGUUGAGAGAAACCUUCCGAGGAGCAGAGACCCCGCCGGAGCCAGAUUCCGGCUCUAGGCCGACGCACACCACGGCCUCCAACACCAGCUCCAGCAAGACCAGCGCUUCCAACAGCAACUCGGGCAAGACGACCCAAAAGGCAUUGGUGGAGUCCAUGUUCAAGACGCAAGACCCCAACACGGUGGGCCGCGGGGGAAACCGCCCCCGGAACGGCACCCCGCGACCAGAUCCCCAGCGCAGAGCAACGCCGCCGUCCACCCCGAGACGCACCAACAUCAACCACCCCCCAUCCACGCCUCCCAGGACAACAGCAACCCGCCCUAACACCCCCAAGACCAGCAACAACAAACGCGCGACCCCAAUCAACCCCAUCAGCCACCUCCUCCACCCCUACCGCCUCCCCACUCCCGCCCCAACAACACCCACCAAAACACCCGCCCCAAUCCAUCCCCCGACGCCUACCUCACCUCUCAACCCAGCCCGCACUUGCACCCCAACUCACACCCCAACGCCAACUCCAGCCCCGAACCCGGCAACCCCGACUCUCACCCUUACCCCCACCGCCAGCAUAGCCACAGCCGAGCGCGCCGCGGCGGCCAAGAUCUUCCUCGAAACCCACUUCGGCAAGCUGCUCGGGCCGGGCCCGUCGCCGAGGCAGAUGCGGCAGCAGAUGCUGGAGACGGAGCUGUUUAAUCGGAAUCGGGUUGGUGGGAAUGGGGGUGGGAGUGGGGGUGGUGGUUCUGGUGGGGCAGCAGCAGCUGCUGCUGCGGCUGCGGCGGCGAGGGCGAGGUUCUGGAGGAGGGAGAGUGAGUAUUUGAGGGAGAUGAGGGUUGUCAAGGUGAGGGGGUUGGGGAUGGUGCGGGUGGGUUGUGGGGCUGGGACUGGGACGAGAUUUGGGUUAGGGGCUGAGAGUCGGAGUGGGAGUGGGAGUGGCAUUGGGAAUGGUGUGGGUGAAGAGGAAACGGGGGGUAAGGGUGGGAUGGAUGGAGGAGGGUUGUCGGGCUACCGCGGAUAUGAGACGGUGAGCGUGCUGGGGAAGGGGAGUUUUGGAGUCGUGAGGCUGGUGAGGGAGCGCGGGCGGGCGGGCAGGGUGUACGCGAUGAAGGUUAUCCGGAAGAGCAAGAUGCUUAGGACAAGCCAGGAGGGUCAUUUGAGGGCCGAGAGAGAUAUCCUGGUGGCGAGCGAGGGGUCGCGGUGGAUCGUGCCUCUCGUGGCCAGUUUUCAGGACCUGACGAAUCUGUAUCUGGUAAUGGAGUAUAUGCCGGGCGGCGACUUCUUGAGUCUCUUGAUCCGCGAGAACAUCCUACACGAGUCGGUGGCGCGCUUUUACGUGGCCGAGAUUAUCCUGUGCGUCGAGGCGGCGCACUCGCUCAACCUGGUGAGGAAGCUGGGCAUCCGCGUCGAUGGCGACGGUAAGGACAGGAGCGAGGACCGCGACCCCGAGACCGAGAAGCGGUCUAGCGGUAUCACGGCCGCCAUCGCAAGGCACGACAGGAAGAUCGAGCAGGACGGCGAGCCGCUGCUGAGCUGGCGUAACCGGUGCGGGAUCCGGUACGCGGCCAGGAGCGUUGUUGGGACUAGUCAGUACAUGGCCCCCGAGGUGAUUGAGGGGAGGAGAUACGAUGCGCGACAAGGAGUACCGGCUCUGCUCGGAGCGCUACCGCAUGAAGGACCUGAUCACAUCGUCGUCCGCUUCCUCGUCGUCCUCUUCCUCGUCGUCUGGGCCCGGAUCCAAAAUACGCGACUUUGCCCGGCCGCUAUGUGUUUCCCUACGACGACCGAGGACAUCAAGGCGCACAAUCUUCGCCCACCAAGAAGGAGCAACUCGCGUACCUCCGCCCGGCUGCGAUUCCCGUUGCAGAGCUUCGCUCUGGACGGUACUAUCGACGCGCGCCACCGCCACCACCCCACCGCAACGGGCGUCGACACCAAGAUGCGCGUGCUGGAAGCGUACCUGGCGCAGAUGACGGUGGUUGACGCGACCGAGGCGGAGCGUGCGUACCUGAGGGGGUUUGUCAGGCGCUUUGGCGGCGCUGCUGGUGAUGGAAAGGGGGUAGGUGGUGAUGGUGAAGGGAAAGGGGGCCAGAGGGAGCGCAGGCGGCCGCGUGAUAAGCUGCUGAGGGAUAGGCGGACUUGCGCGGUUGCGAUGGAGGUGAGGCGGCGGACGGCGUUUUUGGGAUAUGAGUGGACGAGGAUGAGGGGGGAGGAUGAUGAUGGAGAGGAUGGAAAAGGGGGUGGGGGUGAGGUCGGUGGUGAGGUCGGUGCUGGGGGGGCUGUGGGGUUAGAUGGGGUAGAUGGGGGCAAGGGGGAUGAGGAGAAUCGUGUUGGUGAGGGGGGGUAUCAUGGCUCGAGGGUACAUCCACAUGGAGAACAACAACAACAGGAGAAACCACAACUGCGGGGUGGAUUUCGGCCGUGGGGGGACGAUGUUGCGGUUGUAAGGGCCAUGUACAGCGGUCCAUGGAGCCUGCGUCUCACACUCAUUCAGCCCACAAACACGCGAAGAACAAGAACCACCACGAGAACAACAACACCGCCACACCACAUCCCAACCAUGGCAUCCACCCAGAACCCGCAACACACCCCGCGCACCACCGAAACCGCCCUCGACAUCGCCGCCGACGUAAUCCGCCUGCUGCGUGCCGCCGGCGAGACAGUCGGCGUGGCCGAGUCCCUCACGGCAGGCGGCGUCAUGGCCGCGCUGACGUCCGUCCCCGGUGCCAGCGCCGUCUUCCGCGGCGGCGUCGUCGCCUAUGCCACGCCGCUCAAGCGGACCCUGCUCGGGGUGGAUGCCGCGCUGAUUGAGCGGGAGGGGGUCGUGCAUGGGGAGGUGGCGGUGCAGAUGGCGGUUGGGGCGAGGCGGGCCGCGACGGUGGCGGUGGUGGGGGGUGAGCGGGAGGAGAGGGAGAGAGAUGGGGAGGGGGAGGGGUUGGCGACGUGGGGGGUGGGUACCACGGGUGUCGCGGGGCCGGGGGAGCAGGAUGGCAAGGCUGCGGGGACGGUGUAUAUUGGGAUUGCUUCGCCGGCGGGGGGGGAGGGCGUUUGGGCCGUUUUAUGUUUCUGGGUUCAAGGGAGCAUGUUGCUGGAGGCGACGGUGUUGGAGGCGUUUGGCGAGACUGAGGGAGGCGCUCUUGGCCUCGGCGGGUGGUGGUGGUGGUGCUAG